AUGUGGGUCUCCUCUUCGAAACUCCGUAUGGCAAUAGCCAAAUCAAAGAAGGCAAAAGAAAAGGGGGAGGAUGAGAAUGAGGAUUUUAGGAAGGGUAUACAUGACACCCACAAGUAUGUCUUCAUGUUCAUUGCCUACUGCAUGGCACCCAUCUCUGGUGUUACUUUGCUUCUCGAAAGUGUCUUCCACUGCGAAAACAUCGCAAACAAGUGUUACUUGUCAUAUAUUAUCACUGGUUCUAUCUCCACCAUAACAUCCCUCAUGUGCCUUAAGAUGAGCUUCACCGCCUUGGUAAUUUACUUCUGGCUGCUCAUGCCUAUUCUGGUUCUAUUUGUCCCAGUCAUAUAUUUUGGGAACGGACAAACUGCUAAAACGAUCUUUAUCAUUCUUUGUGGAGUAGCUGGGAUUCUCGAGGCGCCAAUUCUCUCCAAGCAUAUUAGUGAUAUCAAAGCUAUUCCUAAACUCUGCAGCCUCAACUCUAUAUUCCGGCUACCCAUUUGGGUCGAUCUCCAUGGGACUGUUCCAGCUAAUCAUGGAGCAUAUUAUAGGCACCAGUAG